CAACAGCAGAGCAGAGGCCAGAAAAGACAGCACCAGACGGGGCCCAGAAGCAAAAAACCCCAAGAAAGAGCAGAAGAAAAACCCAGCAGAAGCCCCCAGAAGGCGGGCUUACAGAGGGGGAAAAAACCCCCAAAGGGCCAGACCCAGAAGACAGGCCAGCCAGAGAAUAGCAGGCCAGACCCAGGCAGGACCCGCAAGACCCCAGGCAGAUCAGCAGGAGCACGAGGCAGACAGCAGCCAGGUAAGACCAGAACCCCCCAAACAAAAACCAGAAGCAGCCAGAAAGCAACCCCCCACCCCAGACGGGAAGCCAAGAGAAGAUCAGAAGAAGCCCAGUUUCAGCAGCCAGCAGCGGGCCCAGACAGAACCCCAAAAGGCAGCCCCCAGCCAGAGCCCACCACAGAGCCCCCAGAAAACCAGCCAGAAGCCCCAGCCCAGAGACCAAAUAAAAGGGGCCAAGCAGCGCCCCCCCCCCCAGAUCAGAUCCAGACAGAUCAGAGACACAGACGGGGAAAAGCAGCACAGACCAGAAUAGGACAGACCCAGAGGUCAGCCCCAGAAACGGGAGACAGACCCCAGCACGAGCCCCAGGGAAGCCAGCACAGACCCCAGAAGAAGAAAACCCCAGAAGACGAAGCAGAUAAACGCCCAGACAAGAGCAGCCCGAUCCCAAGCCAGCCGGGCCCUCAGACAGAAGACCCAAGACAGCAGAAAAGGCCCCCCCCAGACAAAAACCCAGAACAGCCCAGGCCCAGCCAGACCAGCAACAACAGACAGCAGAUCAGAGCCCACGAGAAGCACCCCAGACCCAGCAGCCGACAGCCCCAGAAGAAGAAGCCAGACCAGCCCCCGACAAGACCCCAGAAAAAACCAAAAGCCCAGCCAGAAGACCACGCAGCCACAGCAAAGAAGAAAGCCAGCAGGCCCAGCCCACCACCCCAGGAGACGGGGCCCAAGAAGAAAAGCAGCAAAAAGGACCACAGAGCCCGAGGAAAGAAAGCCAGAUCCAAGACAGAAGGGCCCCAGAUGAGAUUCAGAGCCAGCAGAAGACCCGCAGAAGACCCAGAAGAUCCCCAAAGACCCCAGACAGCCAGACCCCAGAAAGAGCAGAAGAUCAGCCAGACCCCCAGCGCAGAGAAAGCCCCAAAAAGGGACCCACCCCCAAGAAGAGACCCCAGCCCCCGCCACCCCAGCAAAAGCCCCAAAAAGAGAAAACGGGGAAACCCAGACCAGCCAGCCAGCACCCCAAGCCCCGGCAAAAACAGACAGAUUCCCCCCCAGCCCCCAGCAGAACAGACAGACCAGAACCCAGCAGCAGCAGAUCAGGCCCCAGACACACAGAGAUCAAAGACCCAGCCCAGCAGGAAGCCCCAGAACCCAGCGCCCAGAAGACCCAGAAUUCCCAGACCCACCAGAACCCCGGGCCCCAAGCAGAGCGAAGCAGCCCCCGGGCAAGAUCCCAGACCCCCACAGACAGCCAACCCCAGCCGGGACAGACACCCCAAAGAUCCGCCCCAGACACAAGCCCCCCAGCCCAAGACCAACAGACAAGGGACAGUUGCCCCACCCCACAGCACAGGCAGCAGAGACCCCCACACACCCCCAGAGCCCAAGCCAAAAAACCCCAGACAGCCCCCAGACAGAUCAGCCCCAGCCACCCCAGACCACAGACCCCAAGCAAAAAUCAGACCCAAGGGGACGCCACCCGCGGGCCCGACCCCGAACCCCCAGGAGCGCAGCCCAGAAACCA